UUUGUUGUUAUGGUUGCUUCUUUACCAUUUACGAACGACGUUAGGCAUUGACAUUAUCAGAUAUAAUUUGUCAUUAUUUUUGUAAAACUUCAAAAUCAUUCGUAAAUUAUGUUUGUGCUUAAAAAUGUAGCAGUUCAUCAUACACAUAAAGAAACCACACACGAAAAAUGUUGAAAGGUAAUGACGAGGAAGGAAUAUAUGUCGCGUCGCAGGCUAUACCACCGACGAAACAAAAGUUAUGCGACUGUGGUUCCCCGAAUUGCUCCGCUUCGACUUGUGCCCACCCUGAAAAAAUAGAAAACAAGCAACCAAGUGACCACGAGGUGGCAAUACCUGCAGUACCUGAAUCUUCAAAAAACAUAGUCCUAUUGAAACCUGAAAGUGUUAUACCGGUUGUUAAGAAACUAGAAGAGUUAGAGGAAAGUGAAGAAGAAUAUAAAACACCAGAAGAUGCAGAAGAAGAAUCCUCACCAGUUUUCUCCAACGGCACUUCAGUAAAGGAUUCAGCUGACCUUUUAAUAAGUCAACAAUCGAAAGAUCUUCAUUCUAAUUUACUCAGGAAUAACGAGUGUUUGUGCAGCUUACGCGAUUCAAAGAAUCAUCUUCUUCGGAAAUACAUUAAACAUUUUAAUAAAACUAUUCACUACAGCAAACAUUUACAAAAAUUACGGAAACUUACCACACCCGAAAUUGAUGCUAAAACUAAAGGUACCUAUGUGUGUAGCAAAAGGCAAACAAAUUGUUGCCAAUGUUUACCUGCAAAACGAACUACCGCCAUGGCGAGGAAAAUUGAUAGGAGUCCAUGUGAGUUCUUAGAUAAGAACAUGAAAUAUUGCAAUAAGGCGGAAGGUGCGACGAAUAAAAAUAAAAACGAGUGUGUUAUCAUUGUAUGCUCAUCAAGUGAUGAGGUGGAUGAAGAAGCAAUAGAAAAACAGUCUAAAUAUGUAUGUACAUCACCAAAUCAUAGUUUAAGCAGUGAUCAACCAAAGGUCCAAGGUAACCAGGACUGGCCUCCGGAAUCACCAGCAACAACACACACCAAAUCAUCUAAAAUACCUAGAAGUGAUCAUAUAGGAUUUGAAAGCUACGAGGAUUACCUUUUCGUUAAACACGGAAAAAACAACGAUCGAAUAGCACGCAGAAAACAAACACCUUUUCCUUCCGAUUUAUUAAAUCCACAGUCAACUUCUAGUUUUCAAUCAGAAGAAGAUAACGAAGCGACUUCUCAAAGCAGUUCUGAAUAUGAAGAAGUUUCAACAAAUGGGAAUACUAUGGUAGAUAAAGAGAGUAAUUGUUCUCAGGUGGAUUCAAAGGAGUAUAAAGAGAAGAAACCUAAAUCAGUUGAUAAUAUUAGAACCACCACAGGUGUUUGCGGAUGUCGCUCACCUGUUAGUAGAUUCCGUGCGUAUGGUGAUCCAAAAGCGACUUUUUCGAAAUGUUUAAACGAAAAAUCCAAGCAAUUAGCACAAAAGUAUCAUUCGGAAAAAAAGACUAUGCCUGCAGAAUGCAGCCUACCUAAAUUAUGCAUACGUAAACAAAUUGCAGAACAAGCAAAGUGCAGGACAAGAGAAAUGCACGAACAAGCCCAGCUAAUUAAAAAUAGUCUUCGUUCUUGUGUAUACUCCUGUUGCCCUCGGACUUGUUUUGAAAAUAAAGCCACCGACGCUAAACGAGAUAAUUAUACUAAGGAACAAGAUUCUAGUUCGUUGGACAAAUUUACAUGUACUUGUAUGGGGAUUUCCUGCAGUAGUAAACAAGUUAGUUGUCAGCCAUUGCAAACUGAUAACUCUACAGAUACCUACCCAUAUGACGAAUCAAGUCUAUCCAGUUGUGUUAAUAUGAACAUCUUGAAUAUUCCUACCAAUUCCAAUAAUUGUUACAAUGCUUGCAACAAAAUUGAAGAUAAAGAUGAAAAUUUUUGCGCUUGUGAUAAAAUGAAUUUUGAUAUUUGCUCUGGAACUUUCGGUAACCAAGAAAACAAUUACAACACACGCUACUGCUGCAACCCAAUCCCUUAUUCCGAACGUUGUGAUGGACCUACGUAUUGCAUGCACCUGAAUCACGCAUUUUAUCCUACCACCGCAAUACAAGUAAAUUCCGUAGAGUUGAUCAAAAACGUCAACAUAGACAACUCAUUGCCAUCAACAUCACCACCACCACCACAACGAGCAUCAGUAACAGCAGUAGAUCUUAGUGCCGGGCCAUCUCGGGACACGAUACGCCCUUCGAAACCUGGGCAACGAACAGAAACAGAACAAAUAUUGAAAAUAGUAAACAGUCCAUCACCAACAAAUGUAUCAUCACAACUAAAGCCGACUUUACUUAAUACUAAAAGGCAACGAGAAACUGAGAUCUCGAAUGAAUCCAACGAAUCGGAAGAGGUGGAGAUCACUCCAGUGAUUAUACCAAUUGAUACGAAAGUGAAAAUCACUUCGGGUGGCGCUAUGUUGAAAUCGGUAUCAUCCAGAGGCAGUGAAGCCGCUGGUACACCUACACGACUGAGAGAAUCAAAACGAGUUUCCAUGAAGUAUGAAUUUCCGAUUUACACAGGUGAUGAUAAAUCGGCAACGGAGAGGGCAUCGGCUACAGAUAGCAUAGAAGAGCGUAUCCGCAUUUUACGGCAAAAUUUAGAACAACGUCAUGAAUUAGGAAGCGAGAGUAACAGUAAUCGUAGUGAGGCAACCCUUCAAUCGUCGGUGCGUGAACGUGGGAUGACUAUUCCCGAAGAGAUGGAAAUCAACAAUCCAAUAAAUCAACGAAGCAAUCGAUUUAAUUCUUCAGGUCGAUUACAAAAGAAAGGACUGUAAAGACUAACAAUCAAAAAGUAUACGCUUGAUGUGAUUUUUCGCAUUACAUUUUGUCAUUCAUUAUUACAUUAAUCGAAGUCCGG